CGGUGGCGGCGGUGGCGGGGAAGGCCGCGGCCAUGGCGGUGUGUGCCCGGCUCUGCGGGGUGGGCCCGGCCCGCGGCUGCCGGCGGCGAGGGUCGGCCCGGGAGCAUCGUCGAGGCGGGGACAGCGAGCCUGAUACCGACACCGAUCCCGAGGAGGCGGGCGGCGGCGGUGCGACGGAGGAUGAAGAAGAAGCGGCGGAGCGUAUCGAGGGUGGGCGGCCUUCCUUGCACCUCGCCGAGGCCGGCCCGGCGGGGAGGGCUCCGUUGUCUCUCCUAGAGCUGCCACCCGAGCUUCUGGUGCAGAUAUUCGGUUCGCUGCCCGGUACCGAUCUGCCUAACCUGGCCCGUGUCUGCACCACCUUCCGCCGCAUCCUCCGCACCGACACCAUCUGGCGCCGGCGCUGCCGCGAAGAAUACGGUGUCUGUGAAAACUUGAGGAAACUGGAGAUCACAGGAGUGUCCUGUCGAGAUGUCUAUGCCAAACGUAUAAACCCACGGGUGAAGUCGGGGCGUUUUAUGAAAAUCCUUCCCGACUACGAGCACAUGGAGUACAGAGAUGUUUACACCUGCCUGCUGCACCGGUACCGACACAUCCUGGGAUUAUGGCAGCCAGACAUUGGGCCCUAUGGGGGACUGCUGAACGUGGUGGUGGAUGGUUUAUUCAUCAUUGGGUGGAUGUAUUUACCUCCUCACGACCCUCACGUUGAUGAUCCGAUGAGAUUCAAACCACUCUUCAGGAUUCAUCUCAUGGAGAGGAAAUGUGCCACGGUGGAGUGUAUGUAUGGGCACAAGGGACCUCAUAAUGGCCACAUCCAGAUUGUAAAGAAGGAUGAGUUCUCCACAAAAUGCAACCAGACAGAUCACCAUCGGAUGUCGGGGGGAAGGCAGGAGGAGUUCCGGACGUGGCUCAGGGAAGAGUGGGGUAGGACUCUGGAAGACAUCUUCCAUGAACACAUGCAAGAGCUCAUCUUGAUGAAGUUCAUCUACACCAGUCAAUAUGACAACUGCUUGACGUACCGACGCAUCUACCUCCCUCCCAGCAGCCCUGACGACCUUAUCAAACCAGGACUCUUCAAAGGAACAUAUGGGAGCCAUGGGCUGGAGAUUGUCAUGUUGAGUUUUCAUGGAAAGAAAGCAAAGGGGACUAAAAUCACUGGAGAUCCAAACAUCCCAGCUGGACAGCAGACUGUGGAGAUUGACCUGGCCCAUCCUCUGCAGCUCCCUGAUGUGGAGAACCUUCGGGAUUUCAGCGAGCUCUCCCGCAUUGUCCUGGAGGUCCAGGAGCAGGUGCGUCGGGAGGAGCAGGAGGAGGAACAGAGACAAGAGGAAGAGGACUGCUCCCAGCAAGCUGCCUUCCAGCCUGCUGCAGCACCCCUGGGAGGAGAAGGUGCUCAGGGGGAAGAGACUGCAGCUGGGGCACAGGGGACAACCCAGGACAAGGCACCAGGUUCCCAGCCCUUCGUGCUGCCCAUGGGAGUCAUAUCCAGGAAUGAGGACUAUCCCCGGACCUGCCGAAUCUGUUUUUAUGGGACAGGGCUCACUGCUGGCCAUGGUUUCACCAGCCCUGAGAGAACCCCAGGUGUUUUUGUUCUCUUUGAUGAGGAUCGCUUUGGAUUCAUCUGGCUGGAUCUCAAAUCCUUCAGCCUCUACAGCAGGAUCAAAGUCUCCUUCCAGAAUGCUGAAGCACCUUCCAGGGAGGCUUUUGAUGAAAUGCUGAAGAACAUUCAGUCACUGGCUACUUGAUGGGUGAUAUGGGAUGGGACAGGGCUAGGGGUUGCAAAGGCUGCUGCACUCCCCAGCCAGAGCUGGGAUGGGGAUUCCUUGCUCUUGGUACCUCUGAUUAAAAGCAUGCACUUUGAAUAAAGCCUUUUUACCCCAAAUGUACACAUCCCAGUUAAAACAUCCAUGACUGCCCUCUCCACGCUGCCCACCCCACACUGCUCCCUGGCAGUCCUUGUUUACCCAGAUUGUAACAGCUUUGUGUAGCUGAAGGGAUCCUGCAGAGGGGGAAACAGACUUUCUUACUGCAAAAAAAAGAAAAAAUGUAUUGGAGCAAAAAUAACACAAGCUCAGAGCUGAGUGAGGAGAACACCUCACUGACUGGAUGGCACAAGCCCUCUGCUCUGACCAUUAGCAGUCUCCUGUGGAAAGAGCUCUUUUUCAUGGAAGGGACUUGUUUAAGCCUUUGCUGCUCUCAUAUGUCCUCCAGGGAGACUUGAUUUACCCUCCUGGAACAUGUGCAGUCCCUGCUGCAGGCUGGCUGGCUGCUUCCUGACAAAUUGCAUCAGCAGUGACAAAGCAUGUCCUCCUCUCCAGAAACCUUUCUUGGGAUGCAGCAUUGUCAAGAGAGGCUGAUGUGUGAUACCUGCACCUUUGGCUUAGUCAUUGGAGGGGGUGGUUUCCUCUUGAGAAAUGCAGCAAGGGGACAAUUCCCACUGGAAGUGACAGUGUGUGUAGCAUUGCCCUGGCUUCUGAAGCUUGGUGGAUGUGCUGUCCCUGGGGCUCCAGGUCUGGGUGUCACCCUGAGCACAGAGAUGAUUGUUGUUCUUUCUUAUAGGAGCUGGGUAUGGAACUGGAAAUGAAUGUAAACUGCAGAAGUUGAUGAGUUCAGAACUGGUUUUGUGCCUGAAGGGUUCAACCUCAGCUCUUUUUAAACUGAAAAUGCAAAGUAAGAAAAACUAAGGACACUGUGAAAUGGGGCCACGUGCAGCCUCCUGGCUCCUGUCUGUCACGGGCAGCAGAAGGUGCCGUGUGUCCCUGGCACUGAUGUGACCCCAGUUAUGUCUCAUUCUUGGAUCAGGUUGCCCUGUGCAGUCUGAAGGAGCAGGGAGGGAUUCUCCUAAUAUUGCUGUGGCUCGUUCUGCCACCUUUUAUGGUUGGUGCUGGCAGGUGGGAGCUGCUUCUGCACUCACAGGACCCUUCUUUUCCCUUCCUGCUCUCACUCCUUUCAUCCUAGAGGAUUGCUGCUUCCACAGAAAGCUCCUGGGCUUCAUUUCUUUUUUUGCUAGGAAGAUCUGAGCUCCACUGGGAGGUGUGGGAGCAGAUUCCCCAGAGAUUUUCCCUUGCUGGAAAAUGCAGUGCUAAUCCACAGUGUGAGUUGUGCUGAAAACCCUCUCAGCCUCUGCCUUGGUGCCCGUUUUUAAUCCUGUAUAGGAAGAGAUGAGAGGGAUCCUUGUGUGGAGGAAAAAGAACCACUUGUAAGGCAGCUUUUGGUGGCAGGCAGAGUACCUCCUUUGUUGCAGUUUCUCUCUGGCAGUGAUGAUCAACUCCAGGUUUCUCCUUUCCCUGCUCCCAGCUGGAUUAGUCUCUCACCAAACUCAGCAUCUUCUGCGGGUUUUGGUUUGGAAACGUGUGAGUGCAGGGGGUGUGUGGUGCUGGGGAGGGGUCCAGACCCCUUCUAUUAAGAAGUUUGAGUUGCUGCCUGCUUUCCCUGCCUGUAAGCAGCUUUUAUCCUCACUCUCACAAGAGCUUUUUGCCAUUUCUGGCUCUGGAGGGUUCCCUCAAGCUGUGUGAGAACCGAGCCUCCAGCAGAGGCUUUGAGCAGGAGGUCAUGUCACUCACAGGAUUAAUUCCUCUCUCUUUGGAUACAGUUUUACAAACCUCUUGGUGUAUGAAGGUGAUUUGGGGCACUUUUCUCUCUGUUUCCCACUGCUUUGUCAGUAGUGGAAAAUCUGCCUCUGUGUUAGAGGUGAGGCUCUGAAGUGCUGUUACUGUUCUGGUGAAUUAAACUCUAAAAAGCAGGUUGUUUCUGAGCAGGCUGUUAGAGCUCUUCCUGGCAGUGUCAGCAGAGGGAAGAGCUUGGAUCUCACCCCAUCACAGAGGGCUGGGAGAGGGGAAGGGUGGUAGCUCUUUAAGAGGUGAGGUGAAGCUAAAAUUGGCAUCUCAGCCUCUUGCUGCAGCUGCACUGUGUGGCUUCACCCUGCAGCCAGAGAUUUCCAGCUUGAUUAUGCAGAUUUCUGGGAUACCCAGAGGCAUCAGGAGCAUCUGGGUGGCCAGUUUUAUCUUGGAGCCUGCAGUUAGGUUGGUGCAGCCAACUUUGUAUUCUCCCUAACAGCCUAAAGCAAUGAGCAAGGUGCCCCAGGGGCAGCUGUUGUAAUCCAUUAUCUUUAAAACCAUCUCUGCCUCAGCUGCAAAUGGAUCCAUAAUUCUGGUUCUUUCCAUUUCCCCAUUCACCUGAAAAAAAAUAAAAAUCCUGAGAAGAUUUGCAUUGCUGACUUAGAUUUUGUUUUUUAAGGCAGAUUGAAAAUACUGAAGCCACUUGGCCUGAGACCUGAGUUUCUGUCUGAUGAGCACUGAUGCUGACCCUGCAUUCCUGUAACCUGCUGUGUUGUGCUGGCUGUGUGAAGGUGCUGGGGGUAGGUUCACUGCUGUCUCAUAAAAUGCUUGUAGUAGUUGUUGCCUGGAGCUUUAGAUCCCCAUGGUACCAGGAGGCUGCUGAGGAGGGCAAAGCUGUGGCAGCAGAUGGCAGGAGGGUUGUGCUCAGUGCAGGUCAGCUUUGUCACCUGGGGGAGGACCUGCUGGGCUGUUGUGCAGCUGCUUUUCUCCAGGCUGAGCAGUUCCUCUGCCUGGAGCUUGGCCCUUUUGAACCUUUUCAGGAUCUCCUUUCUGAAGCUGAGAUUUGCUUGGCUGGCUGGGGAGAGGGGCUUUGUAGGGGCUAUAAGGGACUUUUUAAAGGGCAUGGAAUGAUAAGAUGAGGGGGAAUGGUUUCAAGCUGAAAGAGGAAAGAUUUAGAUGAGAUUUUAGGAAGGAAUUCUUCCCUGUGAGGGUGCUGAGCCCCUGGCCCAGGUUUCCCAGAGAAGCUGUGGCUGCCCCAUACCUGGCAGCGUCUCAGCCCAGGUUGGAUGGGGCUUGGAGCACCCUGGGCUGGGGGAGGUGUCCCUGCCCAUGGCACUACAGAACUAGAUGAUCUUUAAGGUCCCUUCCAGCCUAAGACUGAUUCCAUGAUCUUUUUAUUUAUGGUGCACCUGAUUGGCCUCAAAAUGUCAGAAUGAGCAAGUCCUGAUUAAAGGCAAAACUGCUGAUGCUCUGUGGCUUCAUUCUGUCUGGAGCACAGGCAAUGAAAACAACAAAUUUCAUAUUAAUGCUCAUCCUCUGCUUUAUCUUCUCACCUUCUGCUCCUCAAAGCCUGGCAGGCUUCUCUGGCAUUUCAGAAGAAAAUUGCCUCUGAUUUGGCUUUGGGUGAGGAAAGCUGCUGAGAGGAUGAAUUUGGAGAGCCUGGCAGAAAUGCUCCUCUGCCUUUGUGCACGGCUACAUCAGUGCUUUCAGAAUAUUCAGAAAUUAGCAGAAUAACAGGCUGAGGAGUUGCAGCUCUGAGAGCUUUGGAAGAGGGGAAUGAGGAAAAGGAAGGCAGAUUUAGUGGCAGGAUCUGAGCCUGGCCCGUGGCUGUGAGCACAGCCCUGAUCCUGCAGUCACCUUUUUUUUUCUGUACCCUGCUCCUUUCCUACGUGUCCACCUUGUAGGGCUAUUUCUGGGAGCUGUUGACAGGGUUAAGCUCUGGUAGUGCCUUGCAGAUGGUGAUAAAUUUCUGAGGUGUCCUCAGUUGCUCUGUAGGAAAUCUUGGGGAUGCUGGGCUUCAUUUCUUGAUUCCAGAUGGGGAGAAAGUGCUGGGGAAAGUGGAAAACAACUUGUCAGGGGUAGGAAUACUCACUGGGCAGGAGCCUUAUGGAAAAACCAAACCCUUUACAACUGGGGUGUCAAGCAGCAUUGCUCCAGUAGCCACAGCAAGACCCAGGGCUUCAUUUUAACUGAGGAGCAGCAAGGAAGUGUUUGGUUUGUGUGUUCAGACUGGGUUCUGCUCCUAGCUCACACUCUCUGUGUUGUCAAAACCACAGGGGUUUGGCCAGCUGGAAAACAGAAGCAUCAAAGAGCUUCAUCCAGCCAGUUUGUUUGUUUGCCUUGGGCCUGGUUUCAUAGCUAUAAAUGUGCUGUGACUGAGUGUUGUGGUUGUAGGAGACUCACUGCAGUCCUCAUGGACUUGUCAGGCUUUAAAAAUUAUUAUUAUUUAGGAGUAAAAGGGAUGGAAAUACUUGUAACUUGUCUGUCAGCUUCCCUCUGGAGUGGGAUCAGUGUGGGACUGCCACAGCUCCUCUGGAAUGGGACAGCAGAGGUCAGGUGGAUGGCAAUGAUUUAGGAAACUUGUACUGGGGAGAAAGCAAAUUGAUGUGCUCAGAGGUGUAAGAUACCAGUUAAAAAAAAAAAACCCAAACAAAACUGCAGCUGGCUCAGUGUUUCCUUUUAAAGAAGGAUGACUUUGUAUUGCUUUUUAUCAAUUUAAAACUAGUGGAACUUAAGGAGAGCGUUGGGUGUUGUGUGGAAAAUGGGUUGUGUAACCUCAACUUUGGUAGUUUAGGACAUGGUAAUAGGGUUAACUCUGUCUUGUAGCUGGUUGCUCACUUGGCCAGGAGUUUUCUGCCCAGGAUUGCAUGCAGACAGGAACAUCCCAUCCCAGCUGGGCAGUGAGAUGUCUGAGGGGGAUGGUCAGGCAGCAGAGGGGAGGAUAAGUAACCAAACUGACUUCUGUGUGUGUGUGUGUGUGUGUGUGUGUGCUAAAUUAAACUGUACUAUUCUGGGUUUUGUUUGGAUUGCAGUCUUCUUUGAUUUGUGAGGAAAAGAGCACUCAGAUUGACUCUGCUCGUUAGCUUAAUUAAAGCAAUCUGCACUUUUUUUUCCCAUUGAUUAUUACUUCCCCUAAGCAGGUGUACCCUCUUUCCCUUGUGGAUUUUGCACUCCCCACUUGAUCAUGAGACUAAUGGAUUAAUCUGGGCAUCUCCUGCAGGCUUUGAGUGUAAAUAAAUGCUACUUACUACAAAUGAAGGUGAAACACCAGAUCCCUGCUUCAUGCAGAGGGUGAGCUUUGCUUUCCAAAAUGCCAUUUGGUACCAAGGUUUCAUGCCACAACCCUCCACGUGGACCAUGCUAACUGUAAUUUAAACACCUCACCUGCCUGGGCUGCUCCUCUGUCUUGAGGGAUGGGGUUUUAUCUGUCCAGUUUUGGUGGUGGGUGUGGAGAAGCCAGAGGGGACUUUGCAACACUUGGCCUACUUCAUCCCUGGUAUCAGAAAGCUGAGCAAAAUGUGUGUGUUAACUUUUACACCUGAUCAUUGUUACCCAAGGAGCCUUUUCCAGUUUCAAAUAAUAAAAUGGAAAGUUUUGUGAACUUAAA